UUCUCUUCUCUCCUUUUUUUUUUUCUUUCUCCCUAAUUGGCUGACUUUGCUCCAUACUUCAUUGUACUCAUAACAUGAUGGCCGCUACUGCUCCCUCUCAGGGCACUUUUGCACCAAACAAUAGCCAUCACCACAACAGAGCUUUUGGUGCAUCUGCUGAUAACCUCCAUCGCCGUGUAAAAUCUUAUGACCACAAUGACACAGACGAAUCAAACUCGAUUCCCCUCACUGCAACUCACUACGCAGACUCGGCCCCUCAGAAUGAUAUCCCUGCUGGGACUCCUAUCGGCAAUGGUACUAGAGUUGGCAGGUCGCGCUCGCUUUUCCGUCGACCCUCAAGACAUCAGCCUGGCCAGGUUUACCAUCAGGGUACUGUCCCACCUGUCCCUCAGGCACCAAUUCUUCAACACGCAGGCAAGGCAGCCUCAAAACUGCUCCAACUGGAAGAUCCUAUCCUUAUUCGUAUUGCCAGGAACUUUGACAUCAACGAACUUAUUCAGUUCUCACAUCUCUCCAAAAGAUGCCGUGCCAUCACUGCCAAGACUCUGACAAUCAGCUUGCAGCGAACAGUCCUUAAAGCAACUCUUUGUCAGGAGCGUAAAGCUGUUUUUUCACUCGAAUUUAUCUUCCAGCACCUCGACCCUGCCUCAUUGACUGCUGUUUUUAGAGCUUCGCAAUUGAAAUCAAGGCGCUAUUUUGAAAACACUGCCCUUGCACGACCAGUAGUCCAGGCUUUGACACUGGUGACACCUCAUGGAUCCCGUCAUCCCAUCUUCGGACUUGCAGGAUUUGGCUCUGAUUAUAUGUCAGAGCGUGAUCUUGAGAGGGCUUCAACACUCCUGGCUCGUCCUUUUGAUCUUGAUAUCAAGGACAAAGGCUACUACCGUGUCUCACCAUCAACCUCGUGCAUGGUCGAUACACCAUUCUUUCCCUCUCAACCUUUGUUGGACCCUCUAGUCCCCAUGGUCACAGACGGUGCCAACCAUGGGCCUCCUACAUGGGAGAUGAUGUACAAGGUCGAUCUCAUCCCCCCCAAUUACCCUCAACGUGUUCAGCAGCAGCAGGAAAAGAUUUAUCAGGAACGGGUCCGACAAGCGGCCUUGAAAGGAGAGCAACCCCCGCCUCCGCCUUCCCCUACCAAUAACCAGAAUGUAGCCUCUGGUCUUCCUUCUACAAAAGGAUUUACGCCCCUACCAUCCAUCAAAUCAGGGCCUAAUCUGCGGUCUAUCCUGCCCGAGCCUUCGCCAUUAUCUGGAUCAGAUUCCAAACCCACCAAGCUUCAGCGCAAACCGACAGUAGUGCGACCUCCUCCUGAAGGAUGGGGACCCCUACCUCCUCUUGCCCCUCCACCGGCUGUUCCAGCCUCAAUGACUUACCAACUCGGUAUUAGAACUGCAGGCGUCCCAACUUCACCCACAAAUGGAACACCCAUGUCGCCUAUAUCGGCAGCAGCAGCACCAUCUUGUCUUGAGCCCGAGCUAGCGGAAGAAACGGAGCGAUUUUUAACACUCCUCUUUAUCCAGCUUCCUAUCCAGACCCUAUUCCCAUUCAUUGCUGGCCAGAUGAACAGAAGACCCAGCAAUGGAGGCAUUGUCUCAGGAUGGAUGUCGAAGAGCAAGAUUGGACGGAGUCUGACGUUGAAGAAAGGUCAUCGCGCAGGCGAGCAUAGUGUGGAUCAAAGCAGGCAACCGUAUUCACCACUAGAAUAACUAUAGCUGU